CCGGACGUCACUCUCUGUCCUGCGAUCUUUAAGUAAGGAUCCCAAUCCCAGCAAGCCGCGAUCUCGUGCAGCCAGCAGCAGCAGCCAACCGAAAGUCGUAAAAGGAUACCUUUUAUCCUACCCACCUUAACUCAAUACAACCACAACAACCAUGCCGGGACUUUCGGAUCCAGUCGCGUUCAUCAAGGACUUUGCCGCCGGUGGCAUCUCGGCCGCAAUCUCCAAGACGGCCGUCGCCCCGAUCGAGCGCGUCAAGCUGCUGCUACAGGUGCAGCACAUCUCGAAGCAGAUCGCCGAAGCCGACCGGUACAAGGGCAUGGUCGACUGCUUCGUGCGCAUCCCGCGGGAGCAGGGCUUCUCCGCCUUCUGGCGCGGCAACCUUGCCAACGUCAUCCGUUACUUCCCGACGCAGGCCCUCAACUUCGCGUUCAAGGACAAGUACAAGCAGGUGUUCCUGGGCGGUGUCGACAAGAACACGCAGUUCACGCGCUACUUCAUCGGCAACCUCGCCUCGGGCGGUAUGGCCGGUGCCACCUCGCUGUGCUUCGUCUACCCGCUUGACUUCGCCCGUACCCGUCUGGCCGCUGAUGUCGGCAAGGGUGCGGAGGCGCGUGAGUUCAAGGGUCUCGGCGAUUGUAUCUCGAAGAUCUUCAAGACUGACGGUCUGGUCGGUCUGUACCGAGGCUUCGGCGUAUCCGUCCAGGGUAUCAUCAUCUACCGUGCCGCCUACUUCGGCUUCUACGAUACUGCCCGUGGCAUGCUGCCGAACCCGAAGACGACACCGUGGUACGUGAGCUGGGCCAUCGCCCAGUGCGUGACCACCGUCGCCGGUAUCGUCUCCUAUCCGUUCGACACCGUCCGUCGUCGCAUGAUGAUGCAGUCCGGCCGCGCCAAGUCCGAGAUCGUGUACAAGGGCACGCUUCACUGCUGGGCCACGAUCGCCAAGCAGGAGGGUACCGGUGCCUUCUUCAAGGGCGCCUUCUCGAACGUGCUCCGCGGUACUGGCGGUGCAUUUGUGCUGGUGCUGUACGAUGAAAUCAAGAAGGUCCUGUAAAAUCUUCCACCCCUAACUGUUUGUAACCUUCCACCAACCUUCCAACGACACCGCCAAUGAAAAACCCCCUAUUUCCCGUUUUGAUGAUUCCCUUCCCUAGCUUAAAAUUCCCUCCAUUCCAAUUGUCCAGCUCCGAUUUCCAUCGUACAGGGCGCGCCCAAUUCCAACGAACUCAAAUGCCCCACAACAACGCUCGGAUAUUGGCGUAUGAGUUGCAAAAAAAAAAAUGGACCGCUUUUGCGGGUUGUAAACCGGACUCGAUCUAGUACAUGCACUUGCAAAAAAACCCCCACUCCAUCGAACCGAACAGUAAAGUGUGUGUUCUUCCGAGCCCGAUAGUGUGCCGUAGCGAA